UCAUCCAACUUCACAUAUAUAUUCAUUGUUAAUUGGGUAAAAAUAACAAGCAUUUGUCUUUUGCUUAGCAGUUGUGAUCGGGAAUUCAAAUGAUUCCCAACAAAAAUGUUUUUUAAUGGAUCGAUGACAUAAGAGGAUAAGACACACGGCCUAAGCAUAAAGUUUAGAACCACAUACACAUGAUGAUAGUGGCAAAUCAAAAGAAAACCCAAAUUAAAGUCAGUACUCAGCUAUUCUCCACCCCACAACAUGAAUAUUCGCUUCCUCCUCUUCUUCUACAUUCUUCCUCCAGCAAGCAUAGAAACUUGCUUAGACGCCGUUUGCCAGAACGGCAACCUAAUAAUCCGAUUCCCGUUUCGAAUCCGACAGAGUCAGCAGCAGCCAAAGUCAUGUGGUUAUCCAGGUUUUGAUGUGUCCUGCAGUAAGCAAGGCCAGACACUGCUGAAACUCCCUUACUCUGGAGGAGAAUUCAGCAUCCAAGCAAUAGACUAUGCCGCGCAAGAACUGUGGAUCAAUGAUCCCAAACACUGCCUCCCUAAACGCAUUCUCGCCCUCAACCUCACCGGAUCCCAGUUUAGCGGCGUUUAUUCUCAAGAUUUCUCAUUCUUCAACUGUUCCUCCCAAUAUCUCAAGUAUCGGUACACCCCAAUAGCUUGUAUUAGCGAUUCCAACUACACUGUUUUUGCCACAUCUUCCAGAUCGGCCUUCAGGCACCUGUUAGCGGUCUGCAGUUUCAUUACUACAGUUAAGGUUCCGGUUCAGCGGCCGUUUCACAAGCAUGAAUUGUCGUCAGACCUGAGCGACGACCUCCGGCUGUCGUGGGAGUCGCCGCCGUGUGGGAGGUGCGAGUCUCGCGGUGGACGGUGCGGAUUCAAGACUAAUUCCACGGCUGACAUUGCUUGUUCCUACUUUCCUUCCAAAGGUAUUUCAAGGGCAGCACGUUAUGCCAUAAGCAUAGGCAUAGGUUUGCCGGUGAUGUUGGGACUCGUCGGGAUACUGUAUCACAUGGGCCGCAGGUGCAGUAGGGCCCAGACACUUGUUGGGCCGCAACCACAGCUGGCAACUGUUUCGGGCCUUGAUGGGCCGACAAUAGAGUCGUACCCAAAGCAGGUGGUGGGAGAGGCGGAUGAAGGGACGUGCCCAAUAUGCUUGGGUGAGUACAGGCCCAAUGAGACGCUCAAGACCAUUCCCGCAUGCCUCCACUCUUUCCAUUGUCAAUGCAUCGAUGAAUGGCUUCCCUUGAACGCCUCCUGCCCUCUGUGCAGGACUUCUCCCCCCAUCUCUCUCACUUGACCUCUAUGCUGUCUAUUUUUAACGUUAUAUAAGCACAGAUUUUUGUAAUUUAACAAAAAUCAUCUGAAUGCCUCAAAACUAUGAUUUCUUGUAUUAUUUUUUUCCAUAGCGUUUCUGACCUAUCAAAUGUGAAGCCUUGUGAAUUUGUGUAGCA